GCUUAUUGGACUAACGUCAAUCCGAGUUAUCAUCGAUCUUUCUUUUCUUUUUAAACUUGUGGGCGCGCAUAUCUAAUAUAAAAAGUUUGAAUUGUGAUUUAAUAUUGUAAGGAUAAUCAAUUUAAAUGAAAUCAUAAAUAGAAAAGGGGUAGGAUUCGUUUUAAGAUGAUCCAUAAAAUUGCACUCCUAAGUUACUUUUUAUUUGGAAUAAGAAACCUAUAACACUCCACCAGUUCUUGAGAUUUACUUUACCAGUUGAAUCCUUACAUGGGUUUGGUAGUUUUAAAACAAUUUUUUUAUGUCUCUUUAACACUAUGAUUAUUUUUUUCUCAAAAAUAAUAAAGAAAAUUAGAGCAUAUGCUUGAUCUUCUUAUUGCCUUUAACUCCAAGAAAGUGGCUUUAUGUGUGUCUUGAUGACCCAUACAUGACUCAUCCUUUACAACAAAGGUCUAGAGUCUCAACGAUUCAGAGCUUUGUUUUAACUGCUCCUUGUCUCUUGUCUCUUGUCUUUCCCUUUAAAUAUCCCUCCCACCACACAGUUUCAUCAUCACCAUCACCCUCAAUCUCUCUCUCUCUCUCUCUCUCUCUCUCUCUCUCUCUCUCUCUCUCUCUCUCUCUCUCUCAAGAUCAAGAUUUUAGAUCAUUACUCAGUCCUCCAAGAUCAUGACAAUGAGCAGAGUCCACCAACAAGUUCUUGCAUUCCCAGCAGUCAAGACUUCUCCGGCAGGUUACUUGCCUGAUCCAGCUUCCAUCAACAAGUUCCAAAUCCCAUCUCCAUCCAAGAAACCUGAACAAAGUAAGGGAAAAUCGUUUCUGCGAACUAAUAGCUUUACUAACGGAGCUAGCGAGCAGAGCAAGUUAGCACCAAAGCUGACCGAAACAGUCAAGAGAAAGCUAUCUCUAGGAGCUAAGAUAAUUCAAAUGGGAGGCUUAGAGAAGAUUUACAAGAGGCUCUUUAGAGUCUACGAUGAAGAGAAACUCUUCAAAGCCUACCAAUGUUACCUAUCAACAACAGAAGGUCCCAUUGCAGGCUUACUUUUCAUCUCAUCAAAGAAGAUUGCUUUCUGCAGUGAGAGAUCUAUCAAAGUGGCUUCACCUCAGGGAGAUAACAUGAGGGUUCACUACAAAGUGUCAAUCCCUCUGUGCAAGAUCAAAGGAGUGAACCAGAGUAUGAACAUAAAGAAGCCAUCUCAGAAGUACAUUGAAGUAGUCACGGUCGAUAACUUUGACUUCUGGUUCAUGGGCUUCAUGAGCUACCAGAAAGCGUUCAACUGUCUCGAGCAAGCACUUUCUCUCGAGCAAUAACAAGCCGAAGGUUGAAAAGGAAAUAUUUCAUUUCUAAUUUAACCUAUUUUUCAUUCCAAGAAUGUUAAUUAGGAUAGAUCCUAGAAAAUUCAGACAAUAUUGUACAAACUCUUUAAUCCUUUUGUUAUUUAUAUCCUCCAUUGUUGACAAGAGCAAGAUUGAAUAUAUUUACUUGCAUCA